UUGUGGGGAAGGGACAUUUUACUACUCAGAGAAAAACAACUCUUUGUUUUAAGGCGUGGGAGUACUUCACUAUUUUAAUCUGCGUCAAACUUUGGACUGGUUGGUCAGGUUUAGUUAUAAACCACGCACUAAGAAUGCUUCUUCCUCCUUCCACUGAUCAAAGGUAUUCUUGCUAUCCUUCCCCAGCGGCAGCUAGUCUUCACAGAGAGACAAGACUGAACUGAGUAAAAAUGGUUGAGGAGGAAACGAAGGUCAUCUCUAUUGAGCUGAGGGGGAAAGAAGGCUUGGAAAACAAUGGGUUUGUUCAAAGCGAGGACCUGAAUGAAGAGGAGGUUGAGAAUGUUAGCCAAGAAAAGUUGCCAAAACCUUGCCAGAUUGGCAUUGAAAAAGAAGAAAUGCAAGAAUUAUCCAUGCAGCCAUAUGCUGGCAUGCCAAAGGAAGUCCUCCUUCAGUUCUCAACUCAGGCACGCUACAGAAUUACCAGAGAGAUCCUUUUUUGGUUGAUCAUUGCAUCUUCACUGGUCCUUGUCGCAGCUACAAUCGCCAUUAUCGCCAUAUCCCCAAAAUGCCUUGGCUGGUGGCAAGCAAGUCCCAUUUACCAGAUCUACCCUCGGUCAUAUAAGGACACAGACAAAGAUGGUAAUGGAGAUCUUAAAGGUAUCCAAGAAAAGCUGGAUCAUAUCCAGUAUCUCAAUGUCAAAACAAUUUGGAUCACAUCUUUUUACAAAUCUACUUUAAAAGACAUUGGGUAUGGAAUAGAAGAUUUUCAAGACAUAGACCCUAUGUUUGGAACUAUGAAGGACUUUGAAAACCUGGUUGCAGCAAUCCAUGAUAAAGGUUUAAAAGUGAUAAUGGAUCUAAUACCCAACCAUACCAGCGACAAGCACAAGUGGUUUCAGCUUAGCUGCAAUCGUACUGGAAAGUACACAGAUUAUUACAUCUGGCAUGACUGUGCACACAUCAAUGGGAGAACCACACCACCUAAUAACUGGGUGAGCGUAUAUGGAAAUUCCAGUUGGCAGUAUGAUGAUGUACGAAAACAAUGUUAUUUUCAUCAGUUUGGAAAAGAGCAGCCUGAUUUAAAUUUUCGGAACCUAGAUGUUCAAGAAGAAAUUCAUGAUGUGAUCAGGUUUUGGCUUGGCAAGGGCAUUGAUGGAUUCAGUAUUAAUGAUGUUAAAUUCCUUCUGGAAGCAACACACCUGAGAGAUGAACCUCAAGUGAAUAAAUCUCAAAAUCCGGACAGCAUUUCGCGCUAUUCUGAAUUGUAUCACGACUAUACCACCACCCAGGUUGGCAUGCAUGAUCUGGUCCGCAGUUUUCGGCAUACUAUGGAUAAAUUCAGCAGUGAGCCUGGUAGAUACAGAUUUAUGGGCACAAGAGCCAAUGACGAAGACAGUAUAGAAGGAACUAUGAUGUAUUAUGGGACACCUUUUAUUCAAGAAGCAGAUUUUCCUUUUAACCUAUUGCUCAUGAACAUGAAAGAAGUUUCUGGAAGCAGCAUUUUUGAAAUGGUAGCUGCGUGGAUGAAGAAUAUGCCACAAGGGAAAUGGCCAAAUUGGGCGGUUGGAGACCCUAACAGUGCUCGCAUCUCCUCUCGGAUUGGAAAGGAAUACAUAAAUGUAAUAAACAUGCUUCUUUUAACCCUUCCUGGAACACCUACUACAUAUUAUGGUGAAGAAAUAGGAAUGGAAGAUAUCCUGUCACAAACUGCGUCCUUUCCAGAAAAGUCACCUAUGCAAUGGGACAGCAAUCCUUAUGCUGGCUUUACUGACGGUAACUCAAGCUGGACCCCUGUAAACUCUGAUUAUCCAAAUAUAAAUGUGGAGGUCCAAAAGAUGGAACCCAACUCUACACUAAACCUGUAUCGCGUGCUCAGUUCCCUUCGUACCAGUGAACUUCCCAUUCAUAGGGGAUGGAUGUGCUAUAUUUGGAAUGACAGCAAUGUCUUUGUGUAUGUGAGAGAACUGGAUGGCUUAGAUCAAGUAUUUAUGAUGGUCUUGAAUUUUGGAGUGGAAACCACAACUGAUCUGCAGGCUUUGGAUCUUGACCUUCCCUCAAAAGCUACUAUAAAGCUAAGCACAAAUGUCAACAGAGAUAAAGUUGCAAAUACAGCAGCAAUCAAAACUGAAAGAGGUGAAGGACUCAUCUUGGAAUACAGGACAAAUAAGCCUGUCCAUAGGAAGGAAACGUUCAAGGAGAAGUGUUUUGUUGCAGAAAAGGCAUGUUAUUCUAGUAUCUUCAAUUUACUCUACAUGUCCUGCUAAGUGGCAGUAGCAGUUAAGUCCAAGUUCAUUCCUUGGCAAAUGGGAUACUAGACUUUUCACUAAACAUAAACAUGCUUCAUCUCAUUCAAAUAAGUGUGUAAAAUGCUGUCAAGUUGCUUCUAACUUAUGGUGACCCUAUGAAUUAAUGACCUCCAAGACAUCCUAUCAUUAACAGUCUUGCUCAGGUCUCACAAAUUUAGGAUUGUGGCUUCUUUCAGCGAGUCAAUCUGUACCACAAUGUGUCUUCCUCUUUUCCCACUGCCUUCAAAUACACAUUGGCUUAAUUCAGACCCAACUCCAAACCGUGGUUUGGUGCUAAACGAGUUCCUUAGCCUUGCAUAUUCCCUCCUUUCCUUGAAAACUACAAUCUAAUUAAUUUUUUUUCUUCUCCAGCAAAUAGUUUUGAUUUUGCACCUGCUCUACAAAUCAUGAUUGCAAACUGUAAACAAUCCCACACCACACUUUGGUGUAAUAGAUUUGAUCCUGUGAUCUGUGGGCACAAGUAUAACAGGUCUUUCCUAUCCCCUCACCCUGUACUGCAGUACUUUUCUUACACCAGGAAAGUUAUUCCAAGAUUAUAGUUAACAGCCAAGUGGUUCCUGUGACUCUAGAAACAAACUAUUGGACCUAACUACUAACCAACUGCACAUGGGUUAAGAGGCUGUAUUGGGAGGGGGAAGAGGGAAAAACUGUUUCCUUCCUACUCCAUAAGUAGAACAGGACAAUUUUGCCCCCCUUCCCUUCCCCAGUGCACCCUCCUGACCUACAUGACCAUUAGCCAAAGUAGGUCUUGUAAUGCCAGGAACAAGCUUUCCCUGGGUUAGAAAUGAGUCUUGAGGUAAGAGGAGUAUGGGAAGAUCUGUGACUAUCAGUGUCUUCUGCUGAUGGAUUGCACGAUCCAACCCUAUGUUAGAAUAAAGGCGUACAAUAAUGGCACAAUUGCUGAUCAUGAAUCUCAUUCCUGCUGCAUUGGUCAUAGUUGCUAUUAUUCUGAAAGGCAGUUGUCCUACUCAUGCAAUAUUUCUAAUGAUUUAUCCAGUCAUAAACAUAUACUAAAUUCAAUCCUUCACCCAUCAACAAAACCAACAAAAUAAAUGUAAAACUUUGGAGGCA